UUAUCUUUGUACCAGCUAGCUUGUUGGUAGACGCAGUGUUGCUGAGGUUUUGUUGGGUCAAUGCAGAGCUGUCAUUUUUGUUAGCUAAUGUAUUAGCCGCUGUUUUGUCAUGUCAGCCUGUCACCCCACAACACAGGGCUGUUAACGAGUGCACCUUUUCACAUAUCCACAUUUGGGGAGGCUAGAAAUCUGGGCGGAUAGUAGAAGAGUGAGAUGAAAUGACAACGUCAACAUUACAGAAAGCGAUUGAUCUUGUGACCAAAGCCACAGAAGAAGACAAAGCAAAGAAUUAUGAGGAGGCCUUGCGCCUGUAUCAGCAUGCUGUGGAAUAUUUCCUACAUGCCAUCAAAUAUGAGGCCCACAGCGACAAGGCAAAGGAAAGCAUACGAGCAAAAUGCAUGCAGUACCUGGACCGAGCGGAGAAACUUAAAGACUACCUGAAGAAUAAAGACAAACAGGGCAAGAAGCCUGUCAAAGAGGCACAGAGCAAUGACAAGAGUGAUAGUGACAGCGAGGGUGAAAACCCAGAGAAGAAGAAACUGCAGGAGCAACUUAUGGGUGCUAUUGUAAUGGAAAAGCCCAAUGUCAGGUGGAACGAUGUGGCUGGGCUGGAAGGAGCCAAGGAAGCUCUGAAGGAAGCUGUCAUCCUGCCCAUCAAAUUCCCUCAUCUCUUUACAGGCAAGAGGACUCCGUGGAGAGGCAUCCUGCUGUUCGGUCCUCCGGGGACAGGGAAGUCAUACCUGGCCAAAGCUGUGGCCACAGAGGCCAACAACUCCACCUUCUUCUCUGUCUCCUCCUCAGACCUCAUGUCCAAGUGGCUGGGAGAGAGUGAGAAACUGGUGAAGAAUCUGUUUGACCUGGCUCGCCAACACAAACCUUCAAUCAUCUUCAUUGACGAGGUGGACUCACUGUGUGGCUCCAGGAAUGAGAAUGAGAGUGAGGCUGCUCGCCGCAUAAAGACAGAGUUCCUGGUCCAGAUGCAGGGUGUGGGAAACAACAACGAUGGAAUCUUGGUGCUGGGAGCCACCAACAUCCCCUGGGUGCUAGAUGCUGCCAUUCGCAGAAGGUUUGAGAAGCGUAUCUACAUCCCUCUGCCGGAGGAGCCAGCUCGGGCUCAGAUGUUUCGUCUUCAUCUGGGCAACACGCCACACAGCCUGAGCGAGGCCGACCUGCGGCAGCUCGCCCGCAAAACCGAAGGCUUCUCUGGAGCUGACAUCAGCAUCAUUGUCAGAGACGCUCUCAUGCAGCCAGUUAGGAAGGUCCAGUCUGCCACACACUUCAAAAAGGUUCGCGGUCCAUCUCGAAGUAACAACCAGGUGAUGGUGGAUGACCUCUUGACUCCUUGUUCCCCUGGUGACCCCGCAGCCAUAGAGAUGACCUGGAUGGAUGUGCCUGGUGAUAAACUACUAGAGCCCAUAGUCUGCAUGUCGGACAUGCUGCGCUCUUUGUCCACCACCCGUCCCACAGUCAACACUGAAGACUUGCUGAAGGUCAAGAAGUUCACAGAGGACUUUGGGAUGGAGGGCUGAGAGACGGAGCUCCAUCCCAUCCUGCCCCACCCUCUCUGCAAGUCCAACAGAAGGACCAACAGCUCAUCUCCCCCUCUAAUGCUGUACCAUCCUGUAGACUUUCAUCUCUCAGCUGAGCGCUUGGUUCACUGCCUCUCAUGGAUUUAAAAUAGAUGACUGGUCUGGUUGAACUAAAAGGACAAGAAAUCCUGUAUUUCUUACUUCUCAUCAUCCAGUCCAGUAUUUUUUAAUCCUUGGAGGGCGUUGAUCAAAUGCAACAAUAGAAAAUCUUGGUGUGAGUUGAUACUUGGACAAUAGAGGCCAUGUCUUUACCCCAUUUAAGACUAUGUUUCGUUCCAAAGCACCCACUACACCACAUUCAAAGAACUUUUCUUCUAGUCUGCAUUGACGCGAAGAAAGCUGCAUUUGAAUCUAAAUGCAUAAGGUCCCUUGUCCCUUACUAAGCCGAUUCUCUCUCUGACUGAAGGACUGUACAUUUUGUUGCCAUCGUGCACAUGGCUUUGGAUUGCAAUGCUGGACAGUGACGUUUGAAGAGGAAACAAAAGAGUUAGUUAUCUUGCCAGGCAUGUGAGUGUGUGAAUGCAUAUAUGUGUUUUUAUUAAACUUGUGUGUCUUAAUGUA